AUGGAUGCAUCUGCCCAAGACCAGAGUUUACAGGCCCUCAUUAAGGUGGCAGCACGGGUCACACCGCUAGACAGUAAAGAUAAGAACCCGCCUGAGACUCCCCACUCAGAGGAUUCGGACGACUCUGAUGCCUCAAAAGUAAGCCAAAAAGGGGACGGCCGUGAACCCCAGGACAGCAAGGGUAAAGCUCCAGCAAAACUACCUAGACAACUGGAGGCUAAGGAAAAGUUCAUUAUCCAUCUUACCUUGUCAGAAGAGGAUGAGGAGCCCUUCCCUACCCCACCCUUAGAGGUGUUGGAUGAAUUGCAAGCUGAUUACUCGGAUUCUGAAGAAGAGACGGUUGGCCUGAUGUAG